AAUGCAAGUCAAGAAUUUUAUAUGGUAAAAUACAUAGAGUUGAGACACAUAGCUUAAAAACAAGAUAAGAGCAGACAAAGAUAAAGAUAAAGAGUUUACAUCAGAUAAACAGGUCAUGAUGUGAGGCGAUCGUCCAUGUAGUCUGCAACAGAGUAGUAGGAUUGGUCCUUUAGAAAUAGAGUUACAGUUUUCUUAAAUCUAUUGAGUGGCAAAUUUCUAAUAGCUAUUGGGAGUUUAUUAUAAAGAGCGAGUUGAUGGUAAACAUGACAAUGCCGGGUUUUUGCAAGCCUUACAUAUGGAGUAACAAGGUUAUGUCUAAAUCUAGUGAGGUGAUCAUGAUGAGCAUUUUGAGGAGCAAAUGAGUUGAUAUUUUGUUUGACAUAUACUAAGGUGUUUAAAAUAUACACAGAUGGCAUGGUCAAGAUUUUUAACUUCUGAAAGCUAGUUUUACAUGAUUGACGAUCUCUUAAGUUGUCAAGUAGUCUUACCGCCUUCUUUUGCCAUCGGAAAACCUUUUUUGCAUGGCAUGAAUGACCCCACAGUCGAAUACCAUAGCUGAAAGUAGCAUGAAAGAGUCCAUAGUAGACAACUAGCAGUGUAUCAGAGCUUACUGAUUGCUUAAGCCUUCUUAUUAGGUACACAAUUCUUGAUAGUUUUUUACACAGAUUACGGACAUGAGGUUUCCAAGUGAGGUGGUUGUCUAAAGUGAAACCCAGAAGUUUGACAUCACUUCUUGCAUUACAGGUUGUCGGAAUUUCUCUAAGAGAGAAAUAAAUUAAAUCUGUUUUUUGCUCAUUUAUUACUAAAUUAUUGGAUGCAAACCAGUUUUUGGAAGAGAUUAAGGCAUUUGAGAGUAGUUGAUUGGCAUGUUCGAAACAACUAUCUGAGCAUAUCAAGGUUGUGUCAUCAGCGUAAAGUACUGACAAAAUAGGGACAUUACAAUACAUAUCGUUAACAAAAAUCAGGUACAAGAAAGGUCCGAGCACGGAGCCUUGGGGUACACCAGCCUUAACAUCAAUGAAGUUAGAGCUAACAUUAUUUACUUUGACCUUUUGUUUACGUCCAGACAAGUAAGAUUUCACAAGAUUUAGUUCCUUAUCUCUAACACCAUAGAAAUCUAAUUUUUUGUACAAAAUAUCAAAAGAUAGGCAGUCAAAAGCCUUUGAAAGAUCAAUCAAAUUUGAGGCAAUGAUAUUCUUGUUUUCAAAACCUUUAAUGAUGAAGUUGACAAUAACUUCCAUCGCUUGAACUGUAUUACAUUUUGGACGAAAACCAUAUUGAUGAUUAUAGAGCAAGUUGUUGUUGUUGAAAUAUUGAUACAUUUGUGCAGUUAUACAAGAUUCUAUUACCUUACCAACUAUAGGAACAAUCGCUAUAGGCCUAUAACAAUCAGCCUUAUUUGGAUCCCCUCGCUUAAAGAUUGGGGUGAUAUUAGCAAACUUCAAACAUUCAGGAAAAAUACCUUGGAGUGUCACCAUGAGAAUGAGAUCAGGCCACGAGACCCCAUCCGCUGUCGAGAAUGUGGGUACCGUAUAAUGUACAAGAAGCGAACCAAGAGAUUGGUGGUGUUUGAUGCUCGAUGAAGAUCAUCCCGUUUUCUCCAGUGUGUUCUACCUUUUGUUUUGUGUAACUAUCUUAAUGUAAAUAAAACAAUUCUUUUGUAUUUUAA